UCUGUCAGUUGAGAGCCAGGCAGCUUGCCGAAAUAACACACGAUUAUCUUGUGUUUCAGUUGAUAUUUUAAUAGUUCAGUUAACUAUUUUAUCUAUACAACUUUCUCCGCGUUGACCAGUUUAUCACGGACAUCCCUCAUGUUAAUUUUUAGAGGUUUAAAUACGCUGCGAUAGCUAACUUUAGCCAGGCUACCGUUAGCAGCAGGCUAAAUGACUUUCACUGCCAUUUAUGGAUUAUAAGAUAACAUUUAAACUGAUUUACCACUGUUUUACUGCAGGCCUACUGCGGCAGGAUGAUCUCUCAGGUCUUCAUCUUGUCCUCGAAGGGCGACCACCUCAUCUAUAAAGACUUCCGCGGAGAGGCAGGAAGUGAUGUUGUCAACAUUUUCUACGAGAAGGUCACGGCGCUGACGGGAGACCAGCCUCCGGUUGUCAUGAGUCACAAAGACCUUCACUUCGUCCACGUCAGACAGGGAGGACUCUACUGGGUCGCCACGACAACGGCUGACUCCUCUCCCUUCACCGUCAUCGAGUUCCUCAACAGGUUAACAGCUCUGGUUAAAGAUUACUGUGGCAGCCUGUCAGAGAGGUCGGUGCAGAUGAACUUUGCCCUCAUCUACGAGCUGCUGGAUGAGGUUGUGGACUAUGGUUACAUCCAGACGACGUCCUCUGACGUCCUGAAGAACUUCAUCCAGACUGAGGCCGUCUCCUCCAGACCCUUCAGCCUGUUUGACCUCAGCAACGUCGGCUUGUUCGGAGCAGAGACUCAGCAGAGUAAAGUGGCUCCCAGCUCUGCAGCCACCAGACCCAUCCAGUCCAGCAGAGAGCAGGGAGGAAAGAGUGAGAUAUUUGUGGACGUGAUUGAGAGGAUGUCGGUCGUCAUCGGCUCCAACGGAGUUCUGAUGAAGGCCGACGUGGAGGGAGAGAUCAGAGUCAAGUGCUACAUGCCCACCUGCUCAGAGAUGAGGAUCGGUCUGAAUGAGGAGUUCAGCAUCGGAAAGUCACAGCUCAGAGGUUACGGGGCUGCCGUUCGAGUGGACGAGUGCAGCUUCCACCAGGCGGUCCGACUGGACGAGUUCGACAGCCUCCGGAUCCUCAGGCUGUGUCCGAGCCAGGGAGAGCAAACAGUGAUGCAGUACCAGCUGAGUGACGAUCUGCCUUCAGCUCCUCCUUUCCGUCUCUUCCCGACCAUCGAGAGAGACAACGGCGGCAGGCUGCUGAUGUACAUGAAGCUGCGCUGUGAUCUGCCACCAAAGAGCGCUGCGAUCAAUGUGUGUGCCACCGUCCCCGUCCCUAAAGGCUCCGUGAGUUUGUCGCAGGAGCUCAGCAGUCCGGAUCAGAGCGCCGAGCUGAAGCCACAGAGCAGAGCCGUCGUCUGGCAGAUACCUCGUUUCCCCGGAGGAACUCAGCUCUCUGCUCUGUUCAAGCUGGAGGUCCCGGGCCUCAGCUCCGCCUCCAUGUUGGAGGUCGGUCCGGUUGGUCUGAGCUUCGAGCUGCCGAAGAUCACCGCCACGGGGCUGCAGGUCCGCUUCCUCCGCCUGUCGCCCAUUCAGCCUGGGCCGUCGCAGCGCUGGGUCCGAUACGUCACCCACUCCGACUCCUACACCAUCCGGAUUUAACCCCUUCAUCUCUGAUCACCGCCUCAAAUGACGAAUGUGUCUCAUCAGGAGGAAACGAUUCGUGGGACACAGGAAGUGAACUGCAUGAGAGGAAUCAAAUAAAAGAAAUAAUGUCAUUUUUUUCCUUUCAGAAUAAUUAAUGUGUCAGUCGUUUUAAUAUCUGUUGUAUUUUAAGUUUUUUACAACUGGACUUGAAUUAAAGUCAAACCAACACUUCCUGAUUCCCCCUCUCAGCUCUGAGCUCAUUGGUUCCUACUGAAGAUGUAAAUCUGUGAAACACCAAACAAAGUUUCAUUU